AUUCACAGAACAUUGUCAAACGAUCCAUCAAACCACAAUCACCAUGGCAUCCAAAUCAAUCAUCUUAGCUGUCUUCGCUCUGUUCGUGGCUAUGUGCUCAGCAGGAAUCGUUCCUGCGGCAUUCCCGGCUGCGUAUGUGGCGCCUUAUGCGAGCACAUACAACGCCCACGUCGUGAACCACGCAGUUGCCGCCCCGGUUGCCGCCGCCCCAGUGAUCGCCGCCCCGGCUCAUUUGGCUGCCUACCCGCAUCAUCUGGCCUACAGCAACCCCAUCGUCUACGCCUAA